UCGGAAUUUAUCAAUAUGUGACUAGUAAUCCAAACAAAAUUUCAGAUGAUAAGAUUAUUUACGUGGACUGGAUUACUGGUAAAAGUUACACUUUUGGCGAAGUUAAACAUGAAUCGAAAAAGUUUGCUGCAGGAUUACAGGAUAAGUUAGGUUUUCAACGUGGGGAUGUCUUGACGAUAUUUUCGUCUAAUCAGGUUGAUUAUCCUAUUAUACUCUUUGGAGCAAUUGCAGCUGGAGGCAAAGUAACGAUGGAUAAUCCAAAAUCUAGAACAAUAGAAGAAUUAUCUUAUCAUUUAACCGAUACAGGUGCAUCGGUUCUAAUCGUGCAUCCAGAAUUUUUUGAAGCUGCUAUUGAAGCUUCAAUCAAUGCAAAAAUUCCCACCUCCAGGAUAUUGUUGUUUGGUGAUAAAGAAAUAAAGGGAUAUAAACCUUAUCGCUCUAUUUUAACUUGUGAUCGUGAAAUUGAGCCGAUUAAUUAUACUCCUGAAGAAGCAAAAUCAACGACUGCUUAUAUAAUUUACAGUUCUGGAUCUACCGCCAAACCAAAAGGUGUCGAACUUACUCACACAAACAUAACUGCUACUUUAGCUCAAAUAAAUAUUAUAGAUGAUAAAAUUGUAUCACACAGUGUAAUUAUGGGUGUCUCACAAUUUUGUCACGCUUAUGCGCUUGAAUUUAUUCUUCAUUCGGCCUUACUUCAUGGUGCUACUACAAUCGUUCAUUCAAGCUUCAAUUUCGAAACGUUUUGUGAAUCAAUUCAAAAAUAUAAAACUACCCAUAUUUAUGCUGCAUCGUCAACUAUAGUUGAACUUGUCAAUAAUCCAUUGGCUCAAAAAUUUGAUUUGUCAAGUGUGGAUAGGAUUUUAUACGGGGCAGCUCGGUUAGAUUAUAAAAUAGAAAGAAAAUUUUAUGAAAUGUUUAAAAUAUUGAUUACUCAAGCUUAUGGUUCUACUGAAAUGGGUACGCUACUGUGUUGUCCUGAUACAGUGAAUAAUGCAGCUCCAGGUUCUUGUGGGAUUCUUUUUCCGAAUAUGAAGGCCAAAAUAUUAUCAGAAAAUGGUCGUGAAUUGGGAUACAACGAACCUGGAGAAUUUUGGGUUCACGGUCCAACUAUUAUGAAG